UUAAACCUGGCUGCAGCCGCUCCGGUUACUACUAAUGGCGCGGCUCUACUAAGCACUUUAUCUCUAUUUGUUUUCUUUCGUCACGCAAUGACAGGUCCAAUCGCCAGGGAGGGGCUCUCGCGAGGGUGUGCCCGUGUCUCGAGGGUGCGCCACCUGACGCGCAGGUAAUUCGUCGCGUAGUCAGAGCGGGGACUGCGACGGGCAGAGAAGCAGCUUAAGCGUGAGAGCGUACUUGGUGCAAGUUUCUUUCGGUUACUCUAUUCGACUGACGAAUUGUUUUUGUUUCACCGCUGUGUCUUGUUUUUGAAUCCGUCUUCGCACGCUGUGACCCACCGGACUUUGGCAGUUCAAAAUGUCCAUCAUUAACACCGUCCCGCUAAGGGUGGCCACCGGAACACCGGUGUCUCCGCUCUCUCCAGUCCAUUCCCCCAUGACGCCAGUUUACUUGGUAAAUGGGGGGACCGGGAUGGGAAACGUGGUCUAUGAGACGGUGCAGUAUCUGGUGCCAGUGGAGAGGAAGGCAGACGUCAUGCAGGAGACUUACGUGGUAAUGGAUAGUCAACCCCGGCAGCAGCAUUUCUUCACUGCCGCGCAGAACUUCAACCAGAUCUCGACCGAGAGAGUCAUGGUGCAGCAACAGGAGGAACAUACAUCUUCAGCAGCAAGAAAUGUCAACUUUGUAGGGCACAUCGACAGCAGCCAGAGCUCCAGUCCUAUGCGAAGUCCAGUUCUCAGUCCUGCUGUGGAACAUACAUCUUCAGCAGCAAAAAAUGUCAGCUUUGUAGUGAACAACAACCGCAGCCAGAGCUCCAGUCCUUUGCGCAGUCCAGUUCUCAGUCCUGCUGUGAGUGAUGUCAACAUCCAGUCAAAAGUUUACCAGAGUUCUCAGAGCUCCCAGAGUUCACAGGAGCUGGCUGACAGUUUUGCUGAUAAACUAGAUACUCGCUUUUUUGGAGAAUUACUCGCCGAGCUGCAUAGAAAGAACACCGAGGUCUAUAACUGUAUCUCUGAGCAUGUGGAUAAAAUCAGGGGAAGGAAACACCAUUUAGAUUCAAGUAUUGACUACAAGGAAGUUAAUGAAGAUAUUGAGUCUCUAAUACCAAAGGGAGUGUCACAACUGACAAAACAGCAGAUCCGUUAUCUUCUCCAGAUGCGAACACUGUCAGACAAAUCUCUGCGUUUACUUCUUACUACCUUCAGCAGUCUUAAAGAAGAACUGAUCCACUUACAGGAUGACCUAAGAAGAUUGGAAACUGACAAGGAGACACUAGAAAGAGACCUGGCGUUCAAAGUGGGACAGGCAGAGCAGUAUGAAAAGCUCCUGGCCUCCGUGCGCGAAAAUAACCGACAGCUACAACAAUCUUUAAAGGAUAGCAGUUCAGGAAAUCGAGGUUUGGAGUCAAUGAUUCUGACUUUGAGGAAUUCUGAUGCUGAUAAAGAUUACCGUAUAAAAGAACUCGAAUGUAGCAAAAGAGUUUUGGAACAAGAAAAUGACUUACUGAGACAACAGGUUUCUGGCCAAAGUCUCAGCCCAAGUUUCCAAAGCAAAGCAGAUGAAGCAUCUAAACUGUACAUGGAAAUGAUUAGCAAUCUACGUGAGGAGAAGGACAAGGAGCUUGAAGCCUUGCGGGCUCAGCUUAGUUCAGCGCAGCAGGAAAACUCAGCUAAAUCAGGCAGUGACAUGUCCCUUCAACUUAGAAUAACAGAGCUUUUGGCAUCACUGGAAGAGAAGGAAGCCACAAUUAAAAGACAGACAAAUGAAAUUCACAAGAUGCAAACUGAAAACAAUGAUUCUCUGAGACAGUCAAAAAGUGUUACAAGGACAGAAGUCACAAGAAGGUACCAGACUCAGUAUCCUAUUCUUGGCCUUUUGUCUGAUGAGUAUCAAUAUACUGCUCCUGUUAAAGAAUACAAGACCACUGUCGUUAAGCGGACCUUAUAAUAACACAAGUGUGAACGUCUCCUUCAGAACUGAAAGCCUGCUUAAUUCUCGGUGGACUACAGGAGCUGUGACUUGAACGUCUGUCUUCAUCUUCUUCUUUCACUAUGACUGCAUUGUGCUUCAAUUUAGAAAGGCUGUGAAUACAAGCGAAAAUUGCAUUACCUGAGAACCACAGUUAAUGUAACCAAAUCUGCAUCAGUAAGUGAGGGCAGCACAUUUUAUAAAAGGGGAAUCAUCAUUUAGAAGUGAGAGGGGUAGUGAUUUGAGUUUUGUCUUAAUUUAAAAUGUUUAACUGCUAGUAGUAUCUACAGUAUAACAGAGGGUGUGCAUUACUAUGGGUGAAUCUGUAUUUCUGCAUGUAGUAAAAAUAAGGGGAGUGGGAAUUAAAAAAAAAAACACCACAAGACCCCCGAAUGAAGCCUAGUUACAGUGAGUAAGGAAAUAAGCAGCUGAGUGCUCAAGUGAAGCAGAUCAAACGCAACGGUCUGAUGUGCCUGUCUAGAGCAUUCACACUGGCUGAAGCAGCAAAGGAAAACAGGCAGGCCAGUCUAAAGUAUGCUCUGCAGAUGGGUGAGCCAAGUCUCCAUUACACACUGCAAAGUGCACAAUGUCAGAGAGCCUUCUCCAAAAGGCACCGUAAAGCGUCAAUUUCAGACCAAGAUUGAAGACCCAAGUCUUGAUCGAACUGCAGGUAUCCAUCUAAAUAAGGCAAAAACAUUAAAAACAUACCGUAUACAGCUGUCAGUUUUGCUUUCAGUAGUAACCACACUUUAGUGGACAUAAAAGGCAAAAUUUAUUCAAGUACUAUUAAUGUACAGUCACACUUCAGACAGCCUGUAAGACAAAUCUGUGAAUUGUGCAGGUAAAUGAGCUGGAGCAGGGGGCUAUGUGAAUGUGAACCAGCGGGCACCGCCAGUUGCUUCUAGUGUUGUGUACACUGAGCUUGAACCACUCCAGGAAAGUGUGCUGUGCAUGUUUGUGGUGUUUUGAAGAUCAUGUUCAUUUAAAUAAAGAUGGUACAGUCAU